AUGGAGUUCCUGUCGAAGUAUACAGCUUGUUUGUCCAAUUGGGGGCUCAACCUUGAACCCGGCCUACAGACUGUGGGCGCUGCGGUCCUGCUUACCACGGGGAGCUUGUUUAUUGCUUCGCGAGUUUUGACAUUUGUCAGAGUGCUCUUGAGUCUGUUUGUGCUUCCAGGGAAACCGCUCCGCUCGUUCGGCCCCAAGGGUAGCUGGGCAGUGGUUACAGGUGCCUCGGAUGGAUUAGGCAAGGAAUUUUCUCUGCAGCUCGCUCGCGCCGGCUUCAACAUUGUGCUCGUGUCCCGGACUGCCUCCAAGCUCACCACGCUUGCCGAGGAGAUCACCACCAAACACUCCGUGCAGACCAAGACGCUGGCAAUGGACUUUGCCGCCAACGACGACGCAGACUACGAGGAACUCAAAGCCAUAGUAAAUGGACUGGACGUCGCCGUCCUGAUCAACAACGUCGGCAAGAGCCAUGACAUCCCUACCCCGUUCGCACUGACCCCCGAGGACGAGAUGACGGAUAUUGUGACCAUCAACUGCCUGGGCACCCUGCGCACUACGCAGUUGAUCAUCCCCGGCAUGAUGCAGCGCAAGCGCGGUCUCGUGCUGACGAUGGGCUCCUUCGGUGGUCUGCUCCCCACCCCUCUACUGGCUACGUACUCUGGCAGCAAGGCUUUCCUGCAGCAGUGGUCGACGUCCCUUGGCUCCGAGCUCGAGCCGUACGGCAUCACGGUCGAGCUAGUGCAGGCGUACCUUAUCACCUCGGCUAUGUCGAAAGUGCGCCGGACCAGCGCCACGAUCCCGGACCCGCGGGCUUUUGUCAAGGCCGUGCUGUCCAAGAUUGGUCGCAAUGGAGGGUCUCCGGGCUAUGCGUACAGCUCUUCGCCAUACUGGAGUCAUGGUCUGAUGGCCUGGUUCUUGACCUGUGUGAUGCAGCCGAUGGGCAAGUUGGUUGUCGGCCAGAACAAGUCCAUGCACGAGGCCAUUCGGAAGCGUGCUUUGCGUAAGGCGGAGCGAGAGAAGGGGAAGAAGAGUACUUAG